AUGAAGGUGGGAUGGCUAGUGUGAUCCCAAGUUAGGACAGAGUUGCAAUUUGGCAUGAGCCUGGGCCUCCUAUAAAAUCCGAACCCUUCUCAGACUCCUUGUUUGCAAGGAGAAAGUAUUCAAUAAGGGAGACAGUCUCAGUUGAAACAUGACGCAUUUUGGUACCAAGGUUUUGCCACCGCUGGUGUUGAUGUUGGUCAUGACAAUUAGUUUGAUGGAGCCGGGAAAGGCCGCUGCCUCUUGUCCCAGCACCUUCUUCUCGGCACUUGUUCAGCUGAUACCAUGCAGGGCAGCAGUUGCACCUUUUAGCCCACUCCCACCAAGUGAUGCCUGCUGCAAUGCCCUCAAAGCUCUAGGCCAGCCUUGCUUAUGUGUGCUUGUGAAUGGACCCCAAUCUCUGGUGUGGACCGGAACAUGGCUUUGCAACUCCCCGAGAAGUGCACCGCCAACUUUGAACCAUGCCAAAUCAUGAAGUAAGAUAUACGAGCCUAGACCCGAGCUAGGAAGGCUCCAUGAAUAAGUGUUCAAGAAGUUUAGGGGUCUUUUGGUUGUAAUAUUAUCCGAUGCUGAUCAUAAUAAGAGGACAAAUGUUGAGUGGAUUUAAGCUGUGAUCCACGGUACUUUUCACUAGUUUAUGUAAUUUUGCUAAGAAAAAAGAUUGAUCAAUUAAACUAAAAAAAAAAACAAUGACCGUUCUUGAUCUAUGACGCAAUCCAUUUUUCUAGCUC